CAGCUUCAACAUCCAUGAUUUGAGGCUGCGUCCCCUCACCCGAGUCACCCCAACUGCUGAGGGCUGCGUAGGUUGGCCAGUGGUGAUGGGAUGCGGAAUCUUGCUGAUAUUUCGGCUGGCGGUUCUCAUCUGAGGCGCAAGUGUCCAUAUCACGGGGUUCCUGCGCUUCUUCGUGGUUGCAGAGUGUUGUGCAGGUUGGGUGAGCCUGUUGGAAUGCCAUUUCCUGCGCUCGUUGCUUGUGAUGCCUUUUCGCCUCAUGAAGCCAGAACAUCCGCAACUGUUCUUGCUGCUGCUCCAGGAGCUGUUGUUGCUGGCAGCACAACCGUUGCUGCCAUUGUAGAUGCAGGUGCUGUAAGAUUUGUUGUUGUUGCAUUUCUCUCUGCUGCUGUUGUUGGUGAUGGUAUUGUGCCUGUUGAGCCUGCAGCAGGAGAUGGACCUGUUGGUCAUGUUCUCUCCUCUAUGUGUUUAGUUGUUGGUUAUGCUGCUGAGCCAGUAAAUGUGCAUGCUGCAGUGUCUGCAAGCGCAUUUGUUGUUGGAUUUGGCUUUGCUGUUCUGCUUGCGCUCGGUGUUGCUGGUGUUCAUGUUGUGUCGACUGCUGCUCAUGUUGCAGCUGUAUCUAUUGGUUUAGCUGGCAUUCGAGCUGCAUGUGCUGGUGAUGCAGCUGCUGUUGAGCUUGUUGUGUAUGGCAUUGUGCUUGUGGUUGUGACCGGCAUGCCAACUGUUGCUCAUGUGAUUAUUGCUCGUGUUGCAGCUGACUCUGCUUGUUAUGUUACAUUCGCGGUUGCUCCUCAUGGGCUCGCUGCUGUAAUUGCAAGAUCUACUGGUGCUUGUGAGCUUGUUCGUCUGCAUUCUGCAGUGGAAAGUGGUCUUGCGGAGUUGGUGACCCGUGCCCAUGUGGUAGCUGUUGCUGUUGGGGUGACAUAGCAUCCUCCGGGUAUCGAUCCUGCUGUUCUUGCUGCAGUCGUUUCAGUGGUAGGCACAGGUCUCGGUGUUGCAGGGACCGC